CACAGUGUCUGACCUUCCUCAGGUUCCUUUCAACUCAAUUUGAAAAUUAUUCAUGCACGCGGACCUCUCGUGUGACUGCUGCCAUCCUCAUAAAGUUAUUUGAAUUUGAGUCUGAUUUUUGCCCCCACAUUUUUAUCCCCCUCUUCAUUCAUCCAGUCAUUGGGUGGUUUAUUGACAGAGUGAGCGGUUGUGUGCAAUAGACGAUCUGUGAACGAAUCAGACAGCGUGCUUAACCGUGACCGGGAGAGAGAGAGAGAGAGGAAAAGGCGUUUCCACGGUACAGCAGCCGGUGACUGAGCAGCGGACAGUGGAGCAGACGGACCGAAAGCGGAAUCACGACCAUCCUAAAAGACAUUUCUCUUUUAAUCUCUCCAAACACCGACUGACAGCUCAUCUCACCGGUGUCCCCUUCACGGCCGCGUUUCCCCACGCUCAUGAAACACACUGAAAUCCAUCACUGACCCACUUCACACCGCAAAAGUGAACCGACACUGACGGAGUGGACUUUUUUCUUCUACCUUUCCUGCAGCACGUCUGUCCUCUCCCGGGCCGAAAUUAAAACCCCACAGAGCUGCUUUCUGUGAGAGCCAGAGGAGAUUACCUUCCCGCAGACUCCCGCAUCUCUCUCCCUGUAUCUGUAGCUGACUCAUAUCUGCUGCGCUCGGGACCAUGGCGGAGUACAGCUCUCUGCUCAGCGACCUGUCUGAAAACAUCACCAACGAAGACUUGGAGCAGCUCAAGUCGGCCUGCAAGGAGGACAUCCCUGAGGACCAGAGCAACAACAUCACCUCCUCCAAGGAGUGGUUCAGCUACCUGGAGAAGAACGACAAGCUGGCCCAAGAUAAUCUGUCGUACAUCGAGCACAUCUUUGAGAUUUCACGGCGACCGGACCUGCUGACGAGGGUGAUCGAGUACCGCACCACCGUGCUCAAGAUCUCUGAGGACGACGAGAUCGACACCAAGCUCACACGCAUCCCCUCAGCCAAGAAAUACAAAGACAUCAUCCGCCAGCCCUCUGAAGACGAGAUCAUCAAGUUGGCCCCUCCCCCUAAAAAGGUGUGAGGUCUCGACCCUCAGCCCUGAUCUUUGCACCUUGAUUUCUUCACUCCUGGCACUCCAAUCAACCGACCAACCGUUUCUGACCAACCCCAUCACUCCCCCACCUCACCCACCCUCACACCUGCCACACACACACACACACAUAAAC